CGCAGAUUGCCUUCGACUGGUUGGAUCAAACCACGAGGGUACUAAAGAACUUGAGGAUCCCAGAAGCUGAUCGCCCCGAGCUAGCUGUCCAAUUGCUGCGUAAAGGGGCAUAUGAGUGGGUGGAAGAGAGCAAGUGAGAAUGCCCCUGAACCAUUGACAUGGGCAUAUUUCGAUAGUUCUUUCCAGAAAGAGUACAUUCCGCCUCGUUUCCGGGAAGGAAAAUGGGCUGAGUUCGUGGCUUUGAGUCAAGGAGACAUGACACUCCCUGAGUUUCGACAGAGGUUUGAUCACUUAGCCCAGUUUGCUGGAACCUUGGUGGAGAAAGCCGGGAAGGGGCUGAUCGCGUGGAAGAAGAGCUUGCUCGGUUCAGAGGAGCCGAGCACCCAGAACAAGGGCGUCGGCACGACGGGUGGCAAGCGAACCCUCGGAGGAGGUCACAGCAUGCAGCAAUCCAAAAAGACUAAGAGAUACCGCUCUGACCCUUCUCAUAUACUACCCGAAGGGACAGUCACCCUCGAUGAGAGCUUGUCCUAUGAAGAAGAGCCCGUGCAGAUAUUGGCGCGUGAAGUAAAGGAGCUGAGGAACAAGUCCGUUCCCUUGGUCAAAGUGCUCUGGAGGAACCACUCCACGGAAGAAGCAACCUGGGAGACCGAGGAGUCCAUGCGAACCCACGUCAAUGCUGAGCGUGUAGUUGUUUGUGAGCUACACGCAGGUCCUUCACAUGGACGGAUUUGGCCUCCAGUGGACUGCUCCAACUUGAUGGGUCCCUCAAAUGGACGGAUUUUGCCUCAAGAGGACCGCUCCAUCCUCAUGGCUCCUUCACAUGGACGGAUUUGGCCUCCAAUGGACCGCUCCAACUUCAUGAGUCCCUCAAAUGGAUGGAUUUUGCCUCAAGUGGACCGCUCCAUCCUCAUGGCUCCUUCACAUGGACGGAUUUGGCCUCCAGUGGACCGCUCCAACUUCAUGGGUCCCUCAAAUGGACGGGUCAAGCCUCAGGUGGUCCGUUCCGAGUUGUAUAAGUUGAUAAAAGUAAUAAUGUAAAAGAAUAUAAAGUAGAGGUCAGUAG